AUGACCAUCUUAGAAAAGCUGGACUCCCUAUUUGAGAUCUUCUGGUCCAAGCUGACCCGUCACCUGCACACACCUGCUGAAGUGCCACAGGCACCAUCCUUACAUCACACUAUUGCGACCUCGAGACGACGCCCUGGCGCAGCACACAAAGCCGGGAAACAGAGGCGGUUUAUGCGGCAAUCACUUCGCCACAGAAGAGCCGGACCGGCACCAACCCGCUUACUAUUAUGCCGCUACUAG